CUGGCAACCGGAGUGGCAGCGGACAGAAGAGAGGGGAUCCCCGGGAUUUUUACACCGAAGCCAGUGAAAUACCAACUAAAAGCAUCUGAAAAUCGCGGGGGGAACUCAGUCAGGCUCCUCCUAGACUCCGGUGAGAGCAGCCAUGUCAGAGGAGGCUGUGCGUCAAACGCGCAGCCAGAAGCGAGCUCUGGAGAGGGACCAUGCAGCUGUGUCUGGGUCACCUGGAGACAUGGACAGUAAACGAGUUAAGUUGGAGAAAGGUGAUGCUCCCCUGGCCCUUGUGGGAUCAGGAGCUGAUGGUGUCAAGCUGAGGAGUGAGCAGGCAGCGAAGGUAGCAGCCAGCAUCCUAAAAGCUGGGGAAGUGAAGGCCACCAUUAAAGUGGAGGUUCAGACUGGAGACGAGCCUGUUGACAUGAGCACUUCGAAAAGUGACAUUAAGAAAGAACGGCAGCCACCGUCGCCUGAUGAUGUCAUUGUGUUGUCAGACAAUGAGCCUUCCAGUCCUCUCAUGAACGGCCACUGCUUCACCAAGACUGACACAGAUAAACUAAUGAAGAGUUCUCCUGAAGAGAGGGAACGCAUCAUCAAACAGCUAAAGGAGGAGCUGAGACUCCAAGAGGCUAAGCUGGUGCUUCUUAAGAAACUACGACAGAGUCAAAUUCAGAAGGAGAGCACAGUGCAGAAGACUGGCUCAGUGGCCACUCCUCCUCCUUUGGUUAGAGGUAGCAUCUCGUCAAGCAAAGGACCCCUCCAGGUAACAGGUCGAAGCUCAGGCACGGUGAUCCCCCCUCCUUUGGUGCGAGGUGGGCAACAUGUACCGUCCAAACACAACUCUCAGAUUGUCAUGCCGCCGUUGGUCAGAGGAGCCCAGCCUAUUGCAAUGACUCCCCAGCAGAUAGCAAGCCUACGUCAGCAACAGCAGCAGCAUGGCGGAUCAGGCCCCCCUCCGCUGCUGUUGGCCCCCAGGGCUUCUGUGCCCAAUGUCCAGGUCCAGGGCCAGAGAAUCAUUCAGCAGGGACUCAUUCGGGUGGCUAAUGUGGCCAACAGUAAUGUCAUGGUCAAUAUCCCUCAGGCUUCUCCAACCAGCCUAAAAGGCUCCUCAGCAUCGCCCAACUCCAGCAUCAAUGAUUCUCCUGCCAGCAGGCAGGCAGCUGCUAAGCUUGCACUGCGUAAACAGUUGGAGAAAACGUUGCUGGAAAUUCCUCCACCUAAACCUCCUGCCCCCGAGUUCAACUUCCUGCCAUCUGCAGCCAACAAUGAGUUCAUCUACCUGUUGGGACUUGAGGAGGUGGUGCAAAAGCUUCUUGAGAUGCAUGGCAGGGGUAAUCUGGGUCCAGCUGCUGCCAUGGCCAGCUCCAUUCCCAAAGAGCCGUACACCUGUGCCCAGUGUAAGACUGAUUUCACCUCCCGCUGGAGAAAGGAGAAGGCUGGGACCAUCCUCUGUGACCAAUGCAUGUCGUCCAAUCAGAAGAAAGCCCUGAAGGCAGAGCACACCAGCCGGCUGAAGGCAGCCUUUGUGAAGGCACUCCAACAGGAGCAGGAGAUCGAGCAGCAUAUCCUCCAGCAGGCGGCCUCCUCCUCUAUCUCUAAAACCACCUCAUCUUCCUCACUGUCCAAGAGUGAAUUGCUGGUGUCUCAGCAGUACAAGCAGGUCAGGGCUGCCAUGCAGCACAGAUCCAUGUCUGGCCACCACUCCACCAUUAAGCAGAGUCAGCUGUCCCACAGCCUCCAGUCUGCAGUGAGCUCCCAUGGUCUGGCCCACUCAUACACUUCCUCUUCUCAGCUGCAGAACGCGGUGACAGCGGCAGCACUGGGCAGCAGGCCAGGUAAGCAUGCUGCAGCACGUCCGCUGCAGCAGGGAGCAAAGGUCAGCGCCAGCAGCAGUAACCAGGGCAACGUAACUGCCUGGAGGAAGCAGAGCACGGGCAGCACAGGUGUGACUAUGGCCUAUGUGAAUCCCAGCUUGUCUGCCCAUAAGAGCACCUCUGCUGUGGAGCGUCAGCGAGAGUACCUUCUGGACAUGAUUCCCUCCCGUUCUAUCUCCCAAGCAGCCAACACAUGGAAAUAAUGCAAUCUUAACUCCCUACUGACAUCAUAACCAAUCUCCCCUCUUAAUAUCAAUAACAGCCAUUGUCAUUAUCAUUCUAAUCCUUACUGUGGACCCUUUUACUGGCCAAAUUGGCAUGAGGGAGAUUCAGCCUAGUUUUGUGUUGGAUAAAGGCGUUCCUUCACUUCUUCCUCAGAUAUUACUGCUCCCAUCUUCGUUACCUGAUUCCUGAUUCCCUGAGUUGGAGAUGAGCCAUGAAAGCUCGAGCUCCUGGGAUAGGAAGAAUAUGUCCUUAGAAUAUGGGUACCAUUUUUUUUUUUUUUUUUUUUUUUAAGGGUGAGCCGAUUUCAUAAACUUCUCCUGCAAUGUUGCUUCUGCAUCAGUGAUAUUUUUUGAACCUGGCAGUUGCAGCAAGAGGAAUCCUCCCUGAGCUUCCCUGCCUCUGGAUUAGGCAGGGAAAUUAUAAUAAUCACUCUGAAACACAAUAAAAUAUUCGCCUUAUGUCCUACCCCUCGGGCCUGUGCGGUGGCCCAACCAAACUUUCACUGAAGACCUCAUCACAGGGACUGUGGUUGAGCUUCGAGGACCAUCCACAAGAGUAACUGCUUCAGCUUUGCAAAAAUGAAUAAAAUACAAAAAAAGGACUGUAAAAAAAGAUCUAUCUAUCUGCACACAGACUGCCUCUUCUCUCUAACCCACAGCGUGUAUAGCGGAGAAGUUGAUGUGUGUUGGAUUAUUUUGUAUGGCUGAAUGUUAGGAUUUUUUUGUCUUUUUCUUCUAUAAGUCAUAUACUGUGUUUGGAAUAUUGUGCUCCCUGAUUACUUUGGAAGCGGCCUGUUGGUCAGGCCUGAAUUUACAGGCUCAUGUUACUGUUGAGGUGGUUUUACAUCUGCUGGGUUCCAUGUUGUGGCCUACUUUUAAAUACUUUGUUUUUUCUAAGAUGAAGUGGAAGAAUAAAGAUUAAGGUUUCACUGAUUAAUGUAAAAACAUGGAGGACUAUUCUUAUUGAAUAUUGUAAAAAAGAAAAAAGAAAAACCUUCCAAAGAACUAGUGGAGCCCAAAUGGAAUCCCUUCUGCUAGAAGGUUUCUAGUUUAUUUGAACCCUCUCUGGAUAUAAACAUGAAUUCAUGCUACACUGAGGGGGUGUAAGGAAUGUCAUAUUUUUGACAUUGUUUUUUUUUUUUUUUUUGCUUUUAGUCUUAGGUUGUGGUGCAUUAUUUUUCUUCUAUAGACAAAAACUGUCUCUGGGUUUAUUUAUAGGGUCAUGUUAGUAAAGAUAUAUGCUUAUGCCCUAAGUUUGAAUGGAUCUCCACUUAAACUGAUUUUUCUUUUGUGUGUCCAGUGGUUCCUGCUCACCUUACGAUUGGUCUGAGAGAAGCUGGACAGCUUUCAGAAUGUAGUUAUGCAAACCCCCCUAUAGCAACAGAUGACAUGAACUUCUUAGUCAUUAACAUUAAGGUGUGUAUGAUUUCUGUCAGGUCCUUGAAUUGAGCUAACUAUGCCUUUCACAUGAGCUCUAGUGCAUUUUUAUCAGGGCGCAGCAGCACAGGAUAAGCUAUACAACAUUGUCCUGCAAUAGACAGGGAAAUUCCUAUUGUUGUUAAUGACAUUAUUAACCAGUUGUUUUAAUUUCCCUCACUGAGUUGGUCCAGUUUCUUGUAUUCAUACAGUUAAGUUAUCUCUGUGUCCUACUGGAAAGUGUCAGAAAGUGGAAGUUUGAAAAUAUGAAAAUGAAUCUGAAUGUUUGAAAUUUAGGAACAGGGAAAACACCUGCUCAAGAAUAAGAUGUUUUCCAAGCAAAUUGUUUCCAAAAUAAAACCCAGCUACCAAAAGCAGCUGACCACCCCAGCAGCUUUAAUGUCCUCCGUCUGCACUGCAAAAACAGAAAUCUUAGCACGUUUAUUAGUCCUGUCAAAAAUACCUCGUUACACUUCUUUUAAGCCAUGCUCACCUGGCAACUCCCAAUGAAUAUCUCCUAUCCGAAAAGGAUAGAAAAAGCCAAAAUAAGGCCUGAUUUGGUUGCAGUAAGAUGAUCCGCAAACGCAGCAAAUUGGCUGCAGUGUAUUAAAAUGACUAUUUUGAGUAAACAGAUUUCAAAAUAAGUCAAAUUUGCUUGCUGCAGCAUCAGAUAUUUUUGGAUCAGUUACAAGCACUUCACUUCAUUUUUUAUUUUUUACAUCCUCAAAUAAAAUGUUGAUAUAAUGAGAAAUUUUUGCCUAGAAAUGAGACUGAUACACCCGGUAAGAUUUAAGGUUUCUGCAGUGCGUUUUUGUCAUUUUCACAUGGAAACAGCAGUGUUGAUUAAUGAAUCACUUUGUCAUUACAAACCUGGAGUCUUGCUGCCCUGUUGGAUCUUGUUUCCUGCACUCUUUAGCUCACUGAUUAAUGUUGGGAUCCAUGUUCAAAGAUUGCUUUAGAUAACUGCGCACCAGUUGAAGUUUAUCCUCCUGUCCAGGCUCUCACCCCUGUCCAUGAGGGUUUCAUAUAGGAUGGUGCAGCAGUAGGAAAUGUUCAUUGCUAUUAAAAAUUAAAGCUCAAAGUUUGAUUUAAGUUAAGUUUAAGUAGUAGCAUCAGAAAUCUGACAGGUUGUCUGUACAUUCCUGACAGGCAGAAAAAAAGGUAGCCGCCCGCAUCUUCUGGAUGCAGAAUGAUCAAUCUGGAAUGAGCCCGUCAUUUAGUGUCCCGCUAAGUGUAACCCUGUGCUGUCCUGACUACUGCCUGCUGCUGCUACUGUUAGACAACAAUAUCACCAUUCCGUUCGUUUGUUUGGGGUCGAAGCACUGCUGAAUGCAGCGUAGCCCAAAUAGAAAAAAGAAAACAAUGUAUAAGAAAUAUUUGUUAUUUUGGAUUUUUUUCUGCUCUAUCAAAUAAUAAUAAAACUAAUUUUAACCCCU